AUGACGGGAAAUCACAUUUUUAACGUCCUUACUACGGAUUCGGCAGAGCUACAGGCGCUCCUCAGGACCGGAAAAUUGACGUCUGUCGACAUCGUUGAAGCAUCUCUUGAUCAGAUCAAUAAGCACAAUACUGAUGGCCUCAAACUCAAUGCCAUCAUUAACACAACCCCCCGGGAACUCGCUAUCUCCAUCGCCAAGGAUCUGGACGUCGAAAGGGCCGAGGGUAAGAUCCGUGGCCCGCUACAUGGGAUCCCAAUCACCGUCAAGGACAACAUCAUGACCGGACCGGAGUUCCAAUUGCCCACAACGGUCGGCUCGGUCGCCCUCCGAGCCGCCAUGGCUGAAAAGAAUGCCCCAAUUGUCGAUCUGUUGGUUAAAGCGGGCGCCAUCAUCAUUGGGAAGGCAAACCUUUCGGAGAUGGCUGGAUGGAAAGGCUUCGGCAUUACAACCGGCUGGUCGGCCCUGGGUGGCCAAACCCAAACGCCCUACGUCGUUGGGGGUGUGGCACCCGGAGAGAAGCUCCUUGGUCAUUCGACCCCUGCCGGCUCAUCGUCCGGAAGUGCCGUUGGCGUGGCUGCCGGCUUUGCCCCGCUUGCUCUGGCUACAGAAACCGAUGGAUCCAUCGUGCAGCCCGCUACCCGGGCAUCUCUUUACGGGCUAAAAGCUACCGUCGGUUUAAUCCCCACCGAGGGAACAGCCCCUUGGAGUCCUCUUACCGACAGCAUUGGUGGCAUGGCGCGGACACCAAGGGACCUUGGUAACCUAUUGGGGAUCUUGUUGAAUGACACUGACCUGUCCGCUCGUGCCGCCACCGAUGCGUGGGGGGGACAAAGAGUCGGCUUCGUUGAUCCCACCUUGUGGAGCUUUGUGCCCUUUAUUUGCAAUCCUGACGGGGUCCUUAUUGAGCAGCAGCGCCGUGGGCUUGCCGAUGCCGCAAACAUAAUCUCGGAGAAAGGGGGGGUUGUCGAACAGCCAGUGCCACUCACAUCCAUGGACGAGUUGGUCCUCGAUGGUGAGGACGCUCUCGAGCAGUUAUGGAAUCACGACUUUGAGCCGGCAUGGAAUCACUUUCUCGCCGGCUACAAGGAAACGCCUGUCCGUACCUUGGCCGAGUUGGUGAAGUUUAAUAGCGACCACGCAGAUGUUGCCCUCCCGUCCGUCCAUCCUGGUCAACAGCUACUGGAAGGAGCACUCAACGACAAGCUCACCAAGGAAAAAUACGCCGAAGGCGUGAAGAUCCUUCGGCAGGCCGCCCGCACUAACGGUAUCGACAAGACGCUUGCCGACUACAACCUCGACGUCAUCAUCGGCCCCAUGGACGGUAGAAUCCCGACCAUCGCCGCCGCCGCUGGGUACCCUGUCGGCACCAUGCCACUUGGUUAUUCUAAAACAAAUGGCAGAGCGUUUGGUGCCUGUAUUAUCUCCGGCGCUGGAGGCGAAGCAAAGAUAUUGAGGGCUAUGAACGCCUGGCACGCUACCAUGCCUGCGAGGCAGCCCCCACCGCAGCUGCCCCAUGCUUCCUUACCUCUCAUGGUACUUAAUGCUCAGUUUGGCGACUAUACAUCCAACAGCAACGCACUUACAGCUAAGCAGCUGAGCUUCCGAGUCACCAUCAUAUCGAGCGUCUUUUUCCUUCUCGUUAGUUCGUACAUACCACAGACGAAAUGGCAACGUUUCAUGAGUUCCCGCCUUUGGCACUCUGUGCAGCCUAUUGGCUGCUCUUCUUCCCACAGCAGCCCAGCUCCAUCGAGGGGGGCCCAGCAACGAUCGGCAGCUCGGAGAUUGGGGACGACGAGGCACUCAGUGCUGAAAAAUAUCUCUUCCGAAAGCUGCGGAAUGGGCUAUGAGCUCCGCCAGUGCAUCGUGAUUGUCGAUGAACGUUGCCGCAAGGGAAAAUGGCCACGCACGAAACCACAGAAAGACGAUGAGCUGGGGUUAUAUUUCGAGUACAGAAUGGACAUUGGCCGGCUGAGAAUUGAGUCCACGGGCCGCAAGUUCCCGAAACGCAAGGCAGCAUAA